CAAACAUUUGAAACGUCCAAGAGAGACGAAGCGAGCGAGGUUAGAAUGCUCUCUUACUCUUCUCUUCAGCUCACUUCCCCUUUCAACCACCACCAAACACUCCUCUCCAGUGCUCCUCGUAGAGGAAUUACAUGGAACGACUCAUCCGCUUCUGUUCUUCCCUGCCGCCCUCGCGCCUCUCCUUCACUGAUCUCCUCUCUUCCCCCCGUCGCUCGGUCGCUCCCGGAAAACUCACCUGCCGCGACGCUUGUGGAUGAGGCGGAGCAAGGAGCAGCUUUGUCGCUUCCGUCGCCCCUGCGGCGGGAGUUGCUUCCUAGCCACGUGGCUAUCAUAAUGGACGGGAACUCGAGGUGGGCGAGGGCGAGGGGGUUGCCGUCGACGCUGGGGCACGAGGCCGGCUACCGCGCCCUGAAGAAGGUCGUCGAGCACUCCCACAAGUGGGGGAUUCGGGGGCUCACCGUAUUCGCCUUCUCCACCGAGAACUGGCGUCGCCCCAAGGUGGAGGUUGAUUUCCUGAUGAUGCUGUUCGAGAGAGUGCUGAAGGAGGACAUUCUUGAACUCACGAAGGACGGAGUUCGGAUAUGCUUAAUUGGCGACUCCACAGAACUCCCAAAAUCUCUACAGAAUCUAAGCAAAGAAAUAAUAGAGGCGACUAAGAACAACACAAAGCUUGAUUUAAGUGUGGCAAUCAGUUACAGUGGGCGAAGGGACAUAACACAAGCCUGCAAAAGCAUCGCAGAGAAGGUAAAACAUGGUUUGGUUGAGCCUGAAGACAUCACAGAGUCACUUGUCGCACAAGAGCUUGAGACAAACCGCAUUCUUGAGUUUCCGUACCCUGACCUACUCAUCCGAACAAGUGGCGAGCUCCGGCUGAGCAACUUCUUGUUGUGGCAAUCUGCAUACAGUGAGCUAUUCUUCACGGAUACAUAUUGGCCAGACUUUAAGGAGGCGAACUAUGUUGAAGCCUUAGCCUCUUACCAAACGAGGCAGAGACGAUUUGGCCAACGAAUAUAGGGAAGAAUACUGAAUGAUGGUGGCAAGGACUUGUAUCAAUCUUUGUAAAACUUGCUGAUCAGAAUGAACAGCUGUAAUACAAAUAGAUCAGCAGUAGAGUUAUACAUGUAUUUAAAUAAUUAGUAGUGAACUUCUACUAAGAAUUUUGUUAUAGGGCCACGCUACU